GUACUAGAUAAUGACGGUGAGGCAGGAAUCCACGAUUAUAGACGUUACUAAUGACAAAUUGUCAUCGCCAGGAAGUCCUUUUAAGGGAAUCAUCAAUAACAGAGUUUCACAUGCCAUCUGAGUUGCUUGCCAAAGUUGCUAGUUUUUUGGGAGAAGAUGGUGUGGACGGUUUGAAGAAUUUGCUAGCUGCUGGUAAACAAGGUUUUGAUGUUGUGUACUCCCACGAGUGUCUGUCAACCGUACGUAUUGACAAGUCCGAAGAAAUCCUAUGGUGGUCAAUGAGCCACUCGAAAUACUAUUCAUUCUUCGCGAAAUGUCUAAUUCAUGGGAAUCCUUACGCAUUGUGGGCUCAAAAUAACAAAAGACUUGCUUACGCAGACUUCGUCCGUGCAUGUUAUAGAGGCCAGAGCUGGUCGGAAGCUUAUGUAGCGGGGUCAUCUACUUAUGAAAUUGAUUACCAUGUUAUUUCACCACCGGCGACGGAUCAGAGAGUGAGUCGUCCCCGAUGCCCACGAUGUGCAAGAAGAACUACUCGUCGGCAUCACUUCACAAACGUUCCUGAAUGUGGUCAUCAAUUCCACAACUAGAAGGGGAAACUUUUAUCAAUCCCUUGUUAUCUUAUGCUCUUUAGAAUGUGUUUUGUUUGUUUUCCCUUCUUUAAAAAUGUUGGUUUCGAGAGCAAACCCAUCUAAUGCUAUUAAGUAUGUCUAUCAAAUAUGAAGAAUGAUCGUAGCGUGGGUGUUUUUUUUUCUAAGCUUC